AUUCGCUAUGCGUUAUUUAUUUUCGGAACAGAUCGUUUUAUCGCGUAGCGUUUAACGAAAUAACAUUAUGUAUUUCAUUUUUUUUUUUUUUUUUUUUUUUUUUUUUUUUUUUUUAUUAUUAUUGACACGAAUAAACGCCACGUUUUGUUUUUCGAGGGCAAUAUUAUAUUACGUUGAAAAAUGUAUAGAUAUUCAAGACGGUUUAAGCUCAGCUUGGCCGGACACGUGUGUAGAUCCGAAGGAAUAAUUGGACAGGUUACGGAUUGGACACCAAGCGAAAAAAAAAUGCCAAGUGGAUUUCCUAGACAAACGUGUAAGGACGGCACGAUCGAAAUAUUGAAAGAAUUGACUAACUCCGUUGAACGGACAAAGGCAAUCGGCCGUGGUGGGAAUCCGCUGAAAAUACCGACAAAAAAACCAACGUCCACAAGAAGCAAAAGAAGCAAGAAAUCACCGCGUGUGUGUAAUGUAUACAUUCUAUACUCUCCCGACGUACUACCUACGGCAGUGGUCCACCGCACACGGCGCAGAGUAUACCGGUAUUUUUGUAUAAAAAAAUCAGAGUUCACGACAAAAGCUCGACAUUCUCAAUUCGUUUACACUACUUGCCGUAACUCAAUCGCGGAAUGUCUCACGAUUUUCUUUUAAAUCCCGAGCACAGCGAGAAACGUUAUUGAUUCAGCUAUAAUGUGCGCCGCUUU